CCUGACUGUUUCUGAUCGGACAUGUGUGAGUUCACGCCCGACAACGCAUGCGCGCAGCAUCUGUGCGCCCGAACCCCUUAUCUCACAGGAUUAGUCCGGCUACGAUUGUGGCCUCUAUUGUCAGGUGUACAGAGUGAGUUUUGCAGUGUCCUGCGGGAGUCUGAAAGCAAGUUUGGUGCUCGGCUCGGUCGCAGUCUUGUUUUUUAGAUGAGAACGUUUCGUUCCGAAAUUGGGACGUCUCGCGCGCGCUCCCGCCGCUGGGUGUUUGUUACGUGUUCGGAAAUCAACGUCGGGUCUUUUGACUGAAAUUUCAGUGACAAAAAUAUCGCGAUUGUUGUGUGUUUGUGGUGCAGUUAAAUGCUGGUUUUGUAAGCGUUUCCGCAGCCACUAGGAAUAGUUUGGUGUUGAGAUUUUGUUUCAAACUUGUACGCUGACAAGCCGGGGGAAAUGUAAACUUUCGUUAUCUAGGAUGUAGUUAUUUUUAAAGUGAUUGGACGGGAGUAAAACGAAAGACUUUCUGUCUGUCUGUCUCUUUUCCUCGCAUGUUGCAUUGCAGUGACAAAGUGUGUCAGUUUGUGAUGUUGCCGUUUUCGGCUAGGGCUAUAAAGGGCGAGAGCCGCCGUAAAGAUGAGAGAGGGCCGUAAACGUGACUUUUUCGGCAACAAGAUGCUACUGACUUUGUACGCCGCCUUGCUUCUCUGGAGGUUUGACUGUAGCGCCGUGGAUAAUGUUAAAGCACCCAAGCCCAUCCGGCACCAGACCACGGCGCCGCUGAGCCGCGUGGGCCCCACGGCGUCUCUGCGCGAGCCGGAGCCCGACUUCACCGCGCCCAUCGACAACGUCACCGCGCCGCUGGGCCGCGAGGCCGUGCUCACCUGCUCCGUCAGCGACCUGCACGACUAUAAGGUGGCGUGGAUCCGCGCGGAUGACCAGACCAUCCUGACGCUCCACACCCGCCUGGUCACCCACAGCUCUCGGUAUGCCGUCACCAACGACGCGCCAGGGUCCUGGCAGCUCCACAUCCGACCGCUGAAGGUGGAAGACCGAGGGUGCUACAUGUGCCAGAUCAACACCAGCACGAUGAAGAAGCAAAUCGGAUGUGUUGAUGUUUUGGUGCCCCCAAACAUCAUAGACGAGGGCACCAGCGGCGACCUGGUGGUGCGCGAGGGGCAGGACGCGGGGCUGGCGUGCCGCGCGGAGGGGCGCCCGCGCCCGCGCAUCCUGUGGCGGCGCGAGGACGGCGCCAACAUACAGCUGAGGAACGAGGACGGGGAGCUGCAUAAAGUGGACAUGUACAUGGGUCCUACGCUGAACCUGACGCGCGUGGAGCGGCGGCAGAUGGGAGCGUACCUGUGCAUCGCGUCCAACGACGUCCCGCCGAGCGUCAGCAAGCGGAUCAUGCUUAGCGUCAACUUCCCUCCAUCAGUGGUGGUCUCCACGAAGGUGAUGGGGGUGCCCACCAGCUCCGCCGUCCAGCUCGAGUGCCUGGUGCAGGCGCACCCCCCCUCCAUCAACUACUGGCUGAAGGGGGGCGAGGAGAUGAUACUAGCCGGCGACAAGCACGAGCUCCUCGAAGAACGUACCUCAGCGUACCAGGUGCGCUCACAGCUGGUCGUGAGCGACUUCGAGACCCUCGACGCGGGCUCCUACACGUGCGUGUCCGCCAACUCGCUGGGCAAGGCCGAGGGCACCAUCCGGCUGUAUGAGAUCAAAGUAACGACGACAACAACGACAACAACGACGACCACGACGACGACGACGACGACCACGACGACGCCGGCGCCGACCACCGUCGAGUACUCGCCGCCGCCGCCUUUCGUCGUACCAGCGGAACAAAAGUACUUCACUCCAGAUAUUACUACAUUUGACACAAUGCAGAAUGUCAUCGAGCAAUCCGUCCUGGACAACCACUGGCUGCCGACUGCUGAAUCAACAGGCUCGCACGCCAGCCAGCCUUCGCCGCUCGCAUCGCUCAUAAUUGUCACAGUGUUGCCACAUCUCAACAACAUUCUGUCACUAAUUGCACAUAACUUACAGUGGUUAAUGGACUCGCCCACGACAAAUAGGGGUAAUUUAGAACUCUGUGUAAGAUGAUAAGUUUUGUGUUUUACUUUGUACAAAGUGAAGUCAAUUUUAUGUCGUAUAGUUUUUGGUUAAAGGUUGGUUUGGUUUAUAAUCUGGGUUUAAUCGUUUGACGAGUGUAAGGUAUUCAAAUACUGUUUAUUUACUAAGUCAGUGUGUUGAUUAUUUUCUUUAUAAUGAUUUAAAUAUUAUUUAAGAACAUAUCAAAAACAACAUUUUAUAGGUAUUUUUUUGUUCUUUACGUAUUUGUAAGUAUCUAACAAUAAACUGAAACUGAAAGUUGUUUUAAGAUAAGACAUGCACUAAGAAUAAAUUAAAUUUUAAUCUAAGUAUAAAGUGACGCCAAAGUUUUAAACUAAAUUCUAAGAAUUUUAUUACAACACUAUACCUCUUAUCAGUCGACUCCUGUAACAAUUCUCAAUUUUCCAAAGUCUGUUUCAAUUACAUUUUAUUGUAUACAGCUCAUACCUUUACAAUAAUUCAAUAGACAAAAUCUAUAGAAAUUCAUUAUCCAAUAUCUCUAAAACGGUAAUACUCAAAAUGUCUACAUAAUGUCACAAGAAUCACUUAGCUGAAACGAGGUAUAGUUUAAAUUAUGUACCUACCUACAUACUACAAUCAAGUCGUUUGUAAAAAGUUAUGUAAACUAAAAAAUAAAAUAUGU